CACACACACACACACACACACACCAAUCGACCUAAUCGACGGCAAUGGUCUACUCCGCCCCUGUCUCUGCCUCAGCCACCUCAGUGGUGCUGGUGCUGAGCAGCGUGCUUGGCGUUGUUCUCCUCGGUUAUCAAGAAGGUCAGUGGGGAGCGGUUGGCGAAGUGGUCAUGCUGGAGGAUCGCACGGGCGCCUUCCACAUCAACUCGUCGGAUCCAAACCAGUACCCCGUGUUUAUCAACGGCGUGGAUGUUGGCGCCGUGUUCUCCACGGUCACAGCCAGCAACGCCGAGCGUUGCCUCAAAUCAUGCCCCGCAGGCCAAUAUGUGAGCCAGUGGUGCACGGAAGCAGAGCAAAACAAGUGCUCCAGCUGCCCCGCCUUUACGUCCAAGCUCGGCACAGGUCUUGACACCAGCUGCCAACCGUGCGUCCCAACCCACUGCGGCCAAGACACAUACAUGGUCCCUUGCACUAGCGAUCAGACCACAGAGAACCAGUGCAUGCCGUGUCCACCGGGCACAUACCAAGACAAUGCCCAACACCGCGAAACGUCCUGCAAGUCGUGCACAGAUUGUGGCGAGGGCGAGUUCCUGCUCUCAACCAACUGCACAGCCAGCAACGGGCCCCUCUGCCUUCCAGGCGGCAUCAGAGUGCUUGGUGCUGACGGCUGUGCCGAAGGCCAGUGGCGCUUCAGUGGCUCCCUGUUAGCAUGCGAGACCUCGACCUCGCACCAGAAUACGUAUCUGGAAGGAGGUAGCUUUGGUAGCAACACUGCUUUCACGGCAAUCUCCAGGGUGCAGAUCGCGCAGGGAACAUACAACUUCACCUGUCGCGUUGAUGAUUGCUGCAAAAUUUCACUUGCGGGACCAGUGUCUGUCAGCCCAAUCAGCUUUGGCACAUCCUGCACUGCUUGCGCAUCCUGCGCAACCACCACCGUGCAGCAAGAGCUGCCUUCCGGCGAGUACCUCGUGCAGUAUUACGGGCAGGACGUCGGCAGCUCGUCUCACUACAAGUUCUUCUUCGACCGCGCAUGAGAGGAA